AUGCAAGCCAAACGUCUGAACAGAAAAUUGAUUUAUUACUUUUUUAAAGUCCGGGGACGCGGACGGAAAAGGACAGGAACAGCGAAGUGGUCGCGUCUCGCCGUCAUUGCCGUCCUCGAACUGGGUCGUCGUCGUCGCUUUGAAAUUCAAAACAAGACCACGCCGAUAUGCCGGUGCCGUCUCGGAUUUAAAGUCGGACCGCCGUUAUCACGCUCGUUAGACUCGGCGAAAUUAAAUCUCUUUAACGAGUCGGAAAUUCACCGUCUAAAAAAAAACGGUGGGAAAGGUGAGACAAAAGAAAUAUCCGCAGAAGAAGAAGAAGAAAAAGAAGAAGAAGAGAAGUCCCUGGCAGGGAAGAGGGAAAAGAGAUUAUUAAAGAAGGCGGAGGAAGAAGAGCCGGAAAUUCAACGGCGCUCUAACUUGAGAAGAAGGUUUUUCGAUGGCCACGACAACGUUAAGGCCGACGACGCCGACUCCGAGAUUGGAAAUGACGCCCAGCGAUUCUUCCGACACCUGAGUCAUCCCGAUACUUCCGGAGCGGCCGUUUAUCGGAACAACGGCCAUUCAUGGAUCCGCGAUAAUCGCAUCGAAGGACGCCUCGAGGCCUUUCUUGAAGGAAUUCCAGAGAGAAUUCCGAGCUCGUCGCUUGCCUAUUUUCUCGAACUGGCUGGUAUUCUUUUGGGGAAAUAAACGAGAGAGGGAGAGAGAGAGAGAGAGAGAGAGAGAGAGAGAGAGAGAGAGAGAGA